AUGCACGUGACACCAAGGAGAAAAAAUGCCGGUACCUCCUCCACCUCCCCCUCCCCCACCCCCACCUUCUCUCAGGCAAACACUGAGAAGCCUGUGUUGAAUAAAUCAGAGGAGAGGGGCAGGAAUGCUCUACUGUCGGACAUCAGCAAAGGAGCAAGGCUGAAGAAGACUGUUACUAAUGACCGUAGCGCCCCCAUAUUCGACAAACCCAAAGGUGGUGGAGGUGGAGGAGGAGGUGGGCCUGGAGGGGGAGGUGGGGGUGGAGGUGGAGGAGGGGGAGGGUUUGGAGGUGGGGGUGGAGCUUCGGGUGGCCUGGGUGGACUCUUCCAGGGGGGCAUGCCGAAACUACGCUCCACUCGAGAUGACUCUAGUAGUGUCAGGCCUCCGGUUCUGCCACCUGGUGCUCGUAGCAGUGGUCCACGGCCUUUUGGAGGAGGAUCUGGCUCUGCCCCUCGUCUGCCUAUACAACGCAGUGAAUCCGUUGACCGCCCACGGAUGACCCCACCCCGUCCUGAAACACCUGGAGGGCCUCCUCCACCUCUUCCAAGUGCCCCACGUCCCUUUCAGAGUGGUGCACAGAGCAGGGGACCACCCUCACUUCCAGGGGCUCCUCGCCUGGGGUCUGCCCCGGCACCUCCACCUCCAAACCCCCUUGGACGGCAGCCUGCUCCUCCACCGGUGCCAGCUGGAUUUUGUCGUCCUCCUUCGUUUCCUUCGCCCUCUGCUGGUCACGCCGGACGACCCCCUCCUCCACCUGCACCUGGUCGAGGUGAUGACCGUCCUCCACCUGUUCCCCCUGCAAACCGUUCAUCUUUGCCACUUACUCGGGACAGCCCGCCCCCUCCACCACCUCCAUCAGCAAGUAGUAAACCAACUCCUCCUCCGACUCCUGCUCCCGCCUCUUUGCGGGCACCUGUAAGUGCAGCACCUCCACUGCCGCCAGGACGCCCAAGUCCGAUUUCUCCUGAGGAGCACAUGCCACGCCUUCCUGAACGGAACAUAUCACUUGGCUCCCAUCCUCCUGCCCCUCCACCUGGGCGAUCCGGACCCCUUCCUCCACCUCCUUCUGAAAGACCGCCUGCAUUGGGUAGGAAUGCGGGUGGACGAACAGGUCCUCUUCCACCUCCACCUCCUUCUGGUCGUCCAGGAGGAGGAAGUGUGAGGUCAUCACCAGCCCCUCCUCCGCCAAACAGACCAGGUGUGGAGCCUCACCGUGGUGGCAGUAGACCACCGCUCCCACCAGACAGACCCUCCUCUGGACCUCUGCCCCCUCCUCCCCCACCUAUGGGGAAUGGAUACCACAGUCAAGGGCAUCAUAUAGAUGAGUGGGAAUCACGCUUCACGUUCCGACCUGUAUCUGACCUUCCACCCCCAGAGCCCUACAUUCCCUGUCAGAAGACCUAUCCUAGCAAAUUGGCCAGGAACGAAAACCGAGGUUCAGGAAAGAAAGAGCGAGGUGCACCUCCCCUCCCCCCCAUACCUAGGUGAAAGAAACUGCUUGUUUUCUCAGGGCAUGACAGUCCUUCCCUUACCCGAUUAUCUAGUUUUCUCUGGUACUGCCUGUUUCUGAUAUUUUUCAGCCAGAGUAGUUUAUUAAAAUAUAAAAGUUGUGUAACCAUAAAAUCAUCACAUGGUGUUCUAUUAUAGACAACAUAUCUUUUUUUAUAGCAUUUUUGUUUGUUUUAGAGAUUAAUACCUAUUUACUAUUAUGACUAUGUCAAGUCAUGAGCUCUACAGUGAUACUACAGCUAAGUUUGACUUUAUUUUUGAGUGUUUUUUUUUUUUUUGAGUAAGAUGAAUUGUUGCAGCAGUUUAUUGCCCUUUAGGAGAGCGUUGAAUGUUUCACUUCUACUUCAUCAAUUUUGUUAGACAAUCCUUGAUGUAAUUAUAUUUUAAGGAGGAAUGCCUUUGGGUGCAUGGCUCAUUAAAGCAUUGGUAACUUUUUGGUGAGUUUUGGCGCCCCCUACCUUCCUGUUUUCAUACAACACAGUAGCGUUGACAUUUCAAAGGUAAAUUGUAAAGUGACUAGAACAAUAUCAAACUGAAAUGAAUGUGUUUGCUUUAGUAGCAUUGUGUGUGCAUGUGUAUGUGGUGAUAACAGCCAACAUGUUAUACAGAAUGUGGAAUGAUCUCCAAUGAGCAGAAUUGCAGUCUUGUCAGUACUCUGUGUUGAUCCUGUAGCAGUGUGGAUGGUAUUGCAUAUGCAGUCCCUCAUGUGUAAAAUAAAAAAAAGAGGACUGGGUUUAUGGGGAAAUGUGGAUGUCCUUUAUUAAAGGCUCUUUAGGUCAACCCCCAUUCAAACAAGUCUGAGAGCUGAAGUUGUAUAGGACUAAUCUUUAAAUGAAAAAUGUUUUGCCUUAAAAUCCCAUGUAAGUGUGUUUCUAUGUAUUAUGGGAUUCUAUCUAUGUUGAUGUAAGCCAAAAAUGUGUUUAAGAAGUGUUAUAUUUUAUGAUAUAUGUAUGCACUUGCUUGUUUUGUCGAUGUUGGCUCAGUAUCGUGUUGCAUUAUGUUUGUUUUUCAGACAUGUAGACGUGCCUGUCAGGAAGUGUACUGUCAUAUUUGACUAAAGCGCUUUACUACUAAAAGUAUAAUCAGUGAGUGUAUCAAACUUUGAAUUACAUUUUAUUUCAUUUAUAUACUUAUUGAAAGGAUCAAGAAGCUAAAGAAUGGCUUGUUUAUGCUGCCUUAUGUUUGUUUACAUAAAGAAAAGAUUAAUGAAACAUUAAAAUGAACAUUACAUUUAAAGAAGUGAUGUAUGUAAAACAGCAUAACCUCUGAAGCAUCUUGAAUUAGACAGAGAGGAGACCAAGCUGAAAAGAAACAACAAUUUGCCACCAACAUAUUAGUCAUUUACAGCCUCUCGUUUACUGUCACUGUCAUUGUUGUGUGACCAGAUGCUUAAUGUGGUACUUUAGAUGUCCUGUAGAUGAACAUUUCAGUUUAAUACAACAUACUAUGUUGUUUAAUUUGUAUAUUUACUUUAUUACAAACAGUCCUUUGCUAUUCUGGUGUGCCAAAUAUGUUGUUUUCUAAAUAAACAUGCGAUCAAAGCUGGA